AUUUGAAAGACAUUUGACUGAACCUCAAGAAGAAUAGCAGAAAGCAAUCGUUUGGUUGCUUUUGGUUGCCAUCGGUUUUAUUGAAGUGCUAUAGCAUUGAGAGAACCAAAGCAUUGGGUUGUGAACCUAAGCCUUGAACUGUUAUCCUAACUUUCCUAAGGCUAUAAUAGCAAAAGAUGGCAAAUAGUGUGUUGAGGUAUUACCAGAGUCCAGGUCUAAGUGAUGCCAAAAUUGGUGAUACUUUGGCUAAACUCAAGACUCACGCCAAGAAUCUAACGUCAAUUAAAACGGAAUACUGUUAUUAUGUGGGAACGACUGGAAAACUUGACAGCGAAGAGGAGAAGAAAGUCGAAUGGAUAUUAUCUCCAACUUUCGACAGCACUCUCCGAAAGUCAACAUCUUUUGCAAGCGAUAAGUCAUCGCCAAAGAAGUGCUUAUUUAUCGAAAUCGGUGCCCGACUUAACUUCAGUACAGCCUUCUCGACAAAUGCAGUUUCAAUCUGUGCAGCUGUAGGACUGGCAGCAAAAAUAAACAGAAUCGAGAGAAGUAUUCUCUAUGAAAUCAAUUAUCAGGUCAAACCAACUAAUCAUAUCAUUUGGAGGAAUAUUGCUUUCAUGAGCGCUAUUCUCUAUACGAAUGCUAAUGGAGAAAUAAGCGCUCAAACGGAGUCCCUAAUUGUAAACCAAUUACACGACAGAAUGACACAACAAAGAUAUGUCAAACCGAUUGAAUCGUUUGUAUUGCCCGUCAAUCGCGAGGAUUGGGUUGAGAUCGACGUCAUGAACAGAGGCUCGGAAGCCCUCCGUCAGAUCAGUGAUGAACUGGGAUUAGCUUUUGAUGAAUGGGAUAUUGAAUACUACACCAAACUAUUCAGGGAUACUCUCAAACGUAACCCAACAUCAGUUGAAUGCUUUGAUUUGGCGCAGUCUAACUCUGAACACUCGAGACAUUGGUUUUUCAAAGGAAAUAUAUUGAUAAACGGCCAACAAAUUGAUAAGUCGUUGAUUGAAUUAGUGGCCGACACUCAGAACCACACCAACGAUAACAACGUUAUUAAAUUCAAUGACAAUUCCAGUGCUAUUAAAGGCUUUUCUUCGCUUAAUAUAUUACUUCCGGUCAAUUCAACCGAAGCUUCAUUAGUGAAAGUAGAGUCCAAUAAGACUCGACACAUCAUCUUUACAGCCGAAACACAUAAUUUCCCCACAGGGGUGGCCCCCUUCCCCGGAACUGGAGGUCGUAUAAGAGAUGUUCAGGCGGCAGGUCGUGGGGCUCAUGUAAUCGCUGGAACUGCCGGUUAUUCUUUUGGAAAUCUCAAUAUUCCCGGAUAUGACUUGGAAUGGGAGGACAAGAAUGAGGUAUAUCCGGGCAAUUUUGCUGAUCCACUUCAGAUAUGCAUUGAAGCCAGUAAUGGGGCCUCAGAUUAUGGCAACAAAUUCGGUGAACCAGUUCUGACAGGUUUUGCCCGAAGUUUUGGACAACGAUUGCCAAACAAUGAAAGAUUUGAAUACAUUAAACCAAUUAUGUUCAGCGGAGGUAUCGGUACUAUUGAGGAUAAUUAUGUUAUCAAAGAAAAUCCAAAACUGGGAAUGUCUGUGGCAAAAGUUGGUGGACCCGUCUAUAGGAUCGGAGUGGGAGGCGGUGCCGCCAGUUCUACCGAAGUUCAAGGGAGUGAAAAGAAUCAGGACUUGGAUUUCGGUGCCGUUCAAAGAGGAGAUCCAGAAAUGGAGCAAAAACUCAAUCGAUUCAUAAGAGCCUGUAUUGAAUAUUCUGAGCACAACCCAAUCCAAGCAAUCCAUGAUCAGGGGGCCGGAGGUAAUGGCAAUGUUCUCAAAGAAAUAGCCGAUCCGUUGGGCGCAAAGAUCUUUGUAAAUAAGUUCAGUUUAGGCGACCCCACGAUCAAUAUAUUGGAGUUAUGGGGAGCAGAAUAUCAGGAAAGUAAUGCAAUACUCGUUAAACCAGAAGACCAUUCAUUACUGCAAAAGAUUAGUGAACGGGAAAAAUGUAAAAUCGAUUUUGUCGGACACGUGACCGGCGACGGACACAUCACUCUCGUCGAUGACAACGAUAAGGGCAAACACGCGGUCAACCUGGACCUCAAACAUGUCUUGGGAUCAAUGCCCCGCAAAACAUUUAAUUUUAAGAAAUCAAGUCCUGUAUUAAAACCUUUAAGACUUCCCGAUAAUCUCAGACUAAUCGAUGCACUGAAUCGUGUGCUUCGAUUGCCUUCUGUGGCGUCCAAAAGAUAUUUGACAAAUAAAGUGGACAGAAGUGUAACAGGUCUCGUGGCUCAGCAGCAAUGUAUUGGCCCACUCCACACACCAUUAGCCGAUUACGCAGUGAUUGCACUGAAUUAUUUCAACUUCAGAGGAAGUGCCACUUCUAUUGGUGAACAACCCAUUAAGGGAUUGAUAUCCUCGGAAGCAAAUGGAAGGCUAUCAGUGGCCGAAGCCAUCACUAAUUUGAUGUUUUGUGUAAUAAGUGAUUUGCGAGACGUCAAGUGCUCGGGCAACUGGAUGUGGGCCGCAAAGCUCGACGGGGAGGGCGCAAAACUGGUGGAGACCUGUCAGGCCAUGUGUGGUGUUAUGAAUCAACUCAAUAUUGGUGUCGAUGGAGGAAAGGAUUCGCUGUCAAUGGCAGCAAAGGUUAAGAUACAGAGUGGUCACGAAGUGGUCAAAUCUCCCGGAACUCUAGUCGUCAGCGCUUACGCUCCGGUGCCCGACAUAAGAGUCAAAGUGACGCCUGAGCUCAAGAUGAAUGGCACUGAGCUCUUGUAUGUCAACUUAAGUGGUAAUCAGAAAUUACGGAUUGGAGGGUCAGCUUUGGCACAAGUAUUCGGUCAAAUCGGUGAUGAAUCGCCUGAUUUGGAAAAACCUCUACUAUUGAGGGAUUGUUUCAAUUUAGUGCAGCAAUUGAUAGGAAGCGGAAUCUGUACGGCAGGCCAUGAUAUAAGCGACGGCGGACUCAUCACUUGUUUACUAGAAAUGGCUUUCGCUUCCAAUUGUGGAUUAGAGGCAAACAUUAAGUCCGCAAACAAUACAGACAUUUCGUUAUUGUUUGCUGAGGAGUGUGGUAUUGUGCUUGAAGUGAAUUCUGAACAUUUACCUAGCGUAUUAACUUCAUUCAAACGUAUUGAACUCGAGCCACAAGUUAUUGGCAAAGCUCUCCAAAAUCAGGAUUUAGUUAUUAUUAAUAUUAAUAAUAAAACUGUUCUCAAAGCCAAAAUGACUGAAUUGAGAGACAAAUGGGAAGAGACGAGCUUUGAAUUGGAAAAGUUUCAGACAAACAAGGAUUGUGUGCAACAGGAGAAGAGUGGUCUGAAACACAGGAGAGCCCCGAAAUGGACCCUCACUUUCGAUCCCGACUUAAUCAAUAUCAUUGCCACUCAUAUCCUCAAUAUGUCCGACAUUAGACCACAAUUUCAUUUGCGAACAGAUAUUGACAACCACUUCAAGAGUGCUCCGCGAGUGGCAGUCAUUCGAGAGGAAGGAAUUAAUGGCGACCGAGAGAUGAUCGCCAGUCUCUAUAUGGUUGGCUUCGAAGUGGCCGACGUCACCAUAACUGACAUCUUAAACAAACAACUCCUAACUCUCGAGGCGUUCAGAGGACUUAUAUUCCCGGGAGGUUUCUCUUAUGCGGACGUAUUGGGCAGCGCCAGGGGGUGGGCGGCGGCCAUGAAGUUCAACCAAACCAUAGAACAACAACUGAAAAGAUUUAGAGCCAGAAGUGACACCUUCUCUCUCGGUGUGUGCAAUGGCUGUCAACUCAUGGCUUUAUUGGGUUGGGUUGGCUCACAGACAGAGGGAAAACAAGAAACACUUUUAACACACAAUAACUCCGAAAGAUUUGAGAGCCGUUUCGUUUCGGUGAGAAUCGAGGACAAGACAAAUGCCAUUAUGUUUAAAGACAUGCAAACAUCAGUUAUGGGGGUUUGGGUCUCAAACGGAGAGGGAAAGUUCGCUUAUAUUAACGAACAGACACUCCAAGCAAUUGAGGCCAACAAUUGCAUUGCUUUGCGUUAUGUGGACGACCACAACAACCCAACCCUUGAAUAUCCUAUGAAUCCCAGUGGAAGUGCUUUAGGAAUCGCUGGAAUUAGUAGUCUCGAUGGUAGACACUUAGCACUUAUGCCUCAUCCUGAGAGGUGUACCUUCUUAUGGCAAUGGCCUUACGUUCCCAGUAAAUGGAAAUCUCUGAAAGUGAGUCCUUGGACUAAGAUGUUCAGGAAUGCAUACGACUGGUGCUUGACUGCAUAGAUGUGUUCACUAAAUGUUUGUAUUUUUAUGACAUUUGAAGUACAAAUCGUGACAAAAUGCAAAUUCUUAG